AUGACGUCACACCUUCCCUUCGGAAGGCUCCCUUCCAAAGCUUGGAAGGACCCCUCGCGACACGCGGUGACGUCACACCUUCCCUUCGGAAGGCUCCCUUCCGAAGCUUGGAAGGAUGACGUCACACCUUCCCUUCGGAAGGCUCCCUUCCGAAGCUUGGAAGGACCACUUGUGAUGACGUCACACCUUCCGUUCGGAAGGCAUGAUGACGUCACACCUUCCCUUCGGAAGGCUCCCCUCCGAAGCUUGGAAGGAGACCACCCAUGA